GUGGCUGUGGUGUCUGAGCAGUUGGCCACAGCCGCCAAGUCCUGGUGAGCCGGAGCGCUGCCGAGCGCCUGCCCCCAACUAUCGGUUGUUUUGCCUCCUUUUGACCUUGUUUUUGCACCGCAGGCGCCAGAGUGACAUCACCGCCUCUCUUCCUGUUGCACUGUAGCUGCCUGACCCACAGGCUUGACACAAGCCAGAUGGCUUCGAUUGGUAGGCACACAGGCUGCCUGGUACAGCAUUUGAUGAUACAGAAUAGGAAGACCUUUUAUGAUCAGCUGCGGGGACUGAGUAAGGCUACAGCUCUUCUAGGUUCAUGUAGGGACAAAAAGAGCUGCAAGGUGGCCUUUCCACAGGCGGAACUGAGGAAGCGGUUGUCACCUCAGCAGUACCAUGUCACUCAGGAAAAGGGGACUGAGAGUGCUUUUACAGGAGAGUACACAUUUAACAAAGAUGACGGGAUCUACCAAUGUGUAGUUUGCAAGACCCCUCUUUUUAAGUCUGAAUCGAAGUUUGACUCUGGAUCAGGUUGGCCAUCUUUCUUUGACAUAGUAGAUCAUGAAGCAAUAACCGGCAUCGAUGACUUCUCCCAUGGCAUGCACAGGAUUGAGAUUAGCUGCAGCAAUUGUGGUGCACAUCUGGGACAUGUCUUUGAUGAUGGGCCCCGUCCAACUGGUAAACGGUAUUGUAUAAACUCUGCCUCAUUAUCCUUUAUACCCACGGGCCAAAGCUCGACUGAUGAAGGCAACAAUCCUGCCCCAUCUGGCAAGACUGAACUCUAGGCUACAGAGGACUGAUGGAUGGGGUUAAUACUUCACAAGCCCAGGCUCCAGGGACAAACAUCUUUGUGUAUUUAAAGUAAUAAAGUAACAAGUUAUUGAAACACAAGUAAAACUCUUCUGCACAAACACUGAACUUGCUUAAAAGCGUAUCCUUGUAAACUUUUUUUUCUUGCAGGAUAUAAGAUUGCAACAGAGUGAAUCAGUGUGGUUGGGUGUGUAAACUGUGGGAGUUCUACCAUGCAGCAUAGAAAAUCCAUUGUACUCUGUAAAAGCAGCAUAGCAUGGCACAGGGCAAGCAGGAUAAGCAAGGUAUUAGCAGUUUCCUCAUAAUGUAAUUUGGAGACUGCCAGGAAUGUCUGACCAUGAAAUGCAGUGGCAAGAGAAAGAAAAGUUCAAGCUUAGGUCACUGUGUCCUGAGCAGAGAAAAUCUGCAAAGCUGCAGGAUGUUAUAAAUAAUUCUAUGCAUUGUAUAUCAUAUUAUAACUACUGAAGUGGAUCUAUAUAAAUAUAUUUUUCCCUUAUCUUUUAUUCACAAUUUGUUUGUAAAAGAUAUUAUUGCUUUAAUAAAAAAAAUGCGAAAGUA